AUGGAUUUAGAAGUAGAACAGGUGGAACUCAAACAGGCACUCAAGUGGGAUGCUGGUACUUGUAAUUCACACAGCAAAAGUGACAAUAUUCCUGUCACUCCUCAGAAAUGUCCCAGCUCUGCGGGUUUCCACGUUCAGGAGAGUGAAGAAAGCCAUUCUGAGUCGCAGCGCCGUGUUACCUUUCACCUCCCCGAUGGCUCCCAAGAAAGCUGCAGUGACAGUGGUCUAGGCGACCACGAGCCAGUGGGUAGUGGAACCCUGAUCUCACACCCUCUUCCUCUGGUUCAGCCACAGGACGAAUUCUACGACCAGGCCUCUCCGGACAAGAGGACCGAAGCAGAUGGUAACUCUGACCCCAACUCUGAUGGGCCACUAGGUCCCCGAGGAUUGGCCGAGGCUACAGAGAUGUGCACUCAGGAGUGCUUGGUUCUGGGCCACUCUGAUAAUUGCUGGAUGCCUCCUGGCUUGGGUCCAUAUCAACACCCAAAAUCUCCUCUUUCCACCUUUGCGCCCCAGAAAGAAUGGGCAAAGAAGGACAAGCUUGUGAACGGGCACACCCUGACCAGAGCUUGGAAAGAAGACAGCAACAGGAAUCAGUUCAAUGACCGUAAGCAGUACGGUCCCAAUGAAGGCCAUUUCAACAAUGGCAGCCACAUGACAGACAUUCCUCUGGCAAAUCUGAAGUCUUACAAGCAAGCAGGAGGUGCCAUUGAGAGUCCCAAGGAGCACCAGCUCUAAGAAAAGCCUAUAUGGGACCUAACAACUUUAAUCUAAAUAGACAUGCUAAUACAGUGUGUGUCAGAGCUUUAUGUAUUAAAUAGAUCUCUACAACUAUGCCCCUUAUAGCAGGGAUAUCCGUAACUUUGUGUUAGCACCAUGGAGGACACAUUGUUUUAUAGCUUCAGAGAGAAGAUAGUUCAACUAGCUAUGUGAUCUUGUUCGCUAGAGUUGAUUAAACUCUCCAGAGAUCUCUCCAUUGUGCAAUUUUUUGUUACUAUUGUUGCAUUUUAUUUUGACCCUGGACUGCUGCUAUGAAUAAUAGAAUAUGCAUUUGGAGAGUAAGAAAGUUCCAUGGAUUAGAGUGACUGACAAAUAUAUCCAGUUAGAAAUUUGUGCUCUUUAUGUCAUUGAUUUAUGCUGGGACCACUAUAUCUGACAUUAUACUUCAAACAAAACUUUAAAAGAUAAGCAUUAAACCUAUUGUGCUGUUAACAACGUUAGUGGACACUUGUAAGUCAAUCAGUGUUAAAAGUAUUUGUAAAUAGAGCAAGUUAUUAUUAACAACUUUUGUGUAAUUAUAACUUUCACCUAAAAAUGUUGUAGCAUAAUUCUGUGUUUAUGGUUGAUUCUUUCCUUUUGUAUGUUUUAUUUUCUUGCUGUUUCUUCUGUUUCUUUUAGUGAGGUGUUUCUGAGUUAGUAGUCUGUCUUAACACACAUUGUUCAAAAGAAAUCCAACACUUGUGUUUUAAGAAAACGGUUCUGAAAUCCAGCUUCUUCUAUGAUAGCUUCUGAUGAGGGAAUUACGUAAAAAACAAAAAUGAAAACUACACAAAAUUGGAGGACUUGCACAAACGCUUCAUAAUGCAGAACCUGUUUUUUGAUAUUCUUAUGUUCAAGUAGGCAAAAGAAAAUGCACUUAAUUAGUACUAUUAAGUAAGAGAGUAAUGGGAAAUAUUAUCCAUCAAAAGUGAUAUAAUAUCUUGUACCUUUCAUUCAUGCAAAUUAAUGUAUCAAAGUAAGUAUAUAUUAAAAUCACUAUUCAAAACUAGUUUCAAUUGGACAAAUGUGUGUCUACAACUUUGUUGAAAUGGCAGAGUUUGUGUUGAUCCUCAUAUACAAUAAUGUAACACAAGUGUUAUUAGACCAUAGCCACAAAAUAUUUAAUGUGUUGUGCCUUCAUGAUGUAACAGAACAUUCUCCAGGUAGGGUAGUUGGGGAAAUAAAGGGAUAAAUCUCUAAUUAUUGCUGUUUAACUGUUUGUUAUUAUAGUUGGUCAAUGCCUGGCCGGUACCAGCAUACCGUCACUUAGGUCAAAUCAACAGAGUGACAACUAAUGUUAAUAAGAUCUCAGUUGCACGUGCAAACAAUUCCAAAUUCGAACAUUCUUAGGAGGUUUUUGUUAAGGCAUGACAGAUGAUUUAAACAAAUAAAUAGCAUGCAACAAAAUGUCUUUAUUGAAAGAAGUGAAAGUUAUCUCAAUGCCACGGUUUACCAUCAACUUAAAA